CACUUUCAGUUUCAUAUCUGUCCUCACUUCUCCCUCUUCUCCCUAAUCAAACAAACCCCUCAGACACAAAAACAACACAACACAACAUAAAACAACACCCGAAUUAUCUCUCCUAGUUUUCUGCAAAAAAGACAAAUUAACAAAAAAAAACUUGGGAACACAUUUGAUUGUCUCUCUGACACUACCAACGCUUCUUGCAGCACUAUUAGGUUGUUAUCGUAAUUGUUAUUCUUCAUCGGUCCCCAUGAAACGUGGAUACGAGGAAUCUCCUUCAACCUCUUUCGCUCCACCUCAAUCCAAAGCUAGAUAUGAUCCUGAAGGUGAUGCACACUUUCUGGAGGAUGAAAGUACGAAGAUUUUUGCUCGGAAAGUAGCUGAUCAUUACAGUGCAAGAUCCAACCAGACUCUGGAAGAACGGGAGGCUAGUCCGAUAAUUCAUUUGAAGAAACUCAAUAACUGGAUUAAGAGCGUCUUAAUUCAGCUUUAUGCUCGUCGAGGAGAUGCAGUACUUGACCUCGCCUGUGGCAAGGGUGGUGAUCUUAUCAAAUGGGACAAGGCCAAAAUUGGAUAUUAUGUUGGCAUUGAUAUUGCUGAAGGGUCGAUCAAAGACUGCCGUACACGUUACAAUGGUGAUGCUGAUCAUCAUCAGCGACGUAAAAAGUUUACAUUUCCUGCUCGCCUCAUAUGUGGAGAUUGUUAUGAGGUUCGCUUGGACAAAGUUCUUGCAGAUGAUGCUCCUUUUGAUAUUUGUAGUUGUCAGUUUGCGUUGCAUUACUCCUGGUCUACAGAGGCCCGUGCCCGGCAAGCAUUAGCUAAUGUGUCAGCUUUACUUCGUCCAGGAGGCAUUUUCAUUGGAACUAUGCCAGAUGCCAAUGUGAUUAUCAAAAAACUUAGAGAAGCUGAAGGAUUGGCUUUUGGUAACAGUGUCUACUGGGUGCGUUUUGAUGAAGAAUUUUCUGAUAAGAAAUUUAAAUCUUCCAGCCCCUUUGGAAUAAAGUACACAUUCCAUUUGGAGGAUGCUGUUGAUUGUCCUGAAUGGAUUGUCCCCUUCCACGUGUUCAAGUCAUUAGCUGAAGAGUAUGACUUUGAGCUUGUUUUCGCGAAGAACUCUCACGAAUUUGUGCAUGAGUACAUGAAAAAACCGGAAUUUGUGGAGUUAAUGCGAAGACUUGGUGCAUUGGGGGAUGGGAACCAAGAUCAGAGUACACUCUCAGCCGAUGAAUGGGAAGCAGCACAUUUAUACAUGUCAUUUGUAUUGAGAAAGCGAGGUCAACCAGACAAAAACCAAGUGACUGGCAAAAGAGACCGAGGGUUGAUGCAUAUUUCAGAGGAAGAUAUAAUGUAUAUUAGCAGUGAUUAACAUGAAUAAAACAACCAGUGCCUAGAUUUUCAAGAAUGGCGAUCAAAUAGCGCAGGCAUGGAAUGUCCUGCAUUGCCAUGUGCCAAUAUAAUUGAUCUCACAACCUUGAUCUCCAGCAAAAAAAAUUCGCUGCAUGAUACACGUUGAAUUUUGUAGGUCCACAAUAAAUAAUUUAAACAAUUUUCUGCCUCAGAAUUUGUUACCUUCUUGACAAGACUUAAGGAGAUUCAACUUUUACAAACGUACUAAUUCCAAUAUUUUCUUCCAUAGCAGAUGAUAAUAUUAGUGAAUACAGACUGGAUGAUGGAUCC